AUGGGUGGGGAAGAUGACCAGAAGGAAUGUUUCGUGGAUUUGCUUUAUGUCAACGUCAAGAAGCCUGUUAUUUUCAAUCCUCCAGGGAGAAUGGCGCGCGCGACGUGGGUGGCGCGGUUGGCGCGGUUGGCGCUGGCGCUCGCGGCGCUCUUGGAACCAGCGGCCCUCGCGCGGGCCCAGGGACUGCCCGCCUCGCCCUGCCCGGCCAUCUACUCCUACGAGACUGUCGGCCUCAUCCGCCUGCUCACCCCGCCCAGGUACGCGGAGGUGCGGCUGGUGGCGCGGCUGAGCUCGCCGGUGGCCGUGCAGCGCAACGAGGUGGGCGAGCUGUUCGUGAAGGGCGGCCGCGACGCCGCCAUGGAGGCCACGCGCAGCGUGCUGGCCAGCCGCCGCCACGUGCUCGAGUACCAGCUGCGCUUCCCGCCGGGCAAGCCCGUGCCCACGCUGCUGGCGCUCGCCUCGUUUCUCAACACGGGCGUCAACGACGCACCGCAAGUGAGGGGCCAAGACUUCGGCGCCGUGAUGGGCGGAAGCGGGGGCGGGGGCGGCGGAAUAUUCGUUGGCGGGGGCCCAAUCGGAGGCGGAGGGGGGUUGCAAGGGGGGCUGUUCGAGCCCGAACCCUUCGACCCACAGCCCCAGCCCCCUCCUCCUCCGCGGCCCCCGCAGCCCCGCCCCACGCCACACCCCGCCGCGCGACCGACGACGCGCCCGCCGCCCAUGCUGCCGCCCCCUGAUCCAGAACCAAUUGAACCAGAGCCAUGGCUUGAUCCUGUGACUACUCGAAGACCUCAACCACCAUCUCGACCUUCCCCUCCACCUGCACAAGGUGAAGUGGAUCCCACUAACUGUGGAACGGCUUCGCUGCCAAAUGCACUGGUUGUAUUUGGAUUUGAAGCCGAGAAAGGUCAAUGGCCUUGGCAGACAGCUAUAUUUAGAAAUAAUGAUACAGUAAGUAGCAGUGUAACAUUGAAUUUCCAAUGUGGAGCUGCCCACUGUGUUGUUGUAGUGAAAGAAAGGAAAAAGAUACAAUUAAUUUCAAAUAAUGACCUCUUGAUAUCACUAGGUAAAUACAACAUAAGAAGUUGGGCAGAGGCUGAGCAGCAAUUUAAAGAGGUUCAAAAAAUUACAAUCCAUCCCGAGUAUGAUCCAGAAAUCCUGAGAAAUGACUUGGCAAUCAUACAUUUGUCUACUACAGUGGUAAUAAAUAAAUUUGUAAAGCCAAUUUGUCUGUGGGAUCGAAAUCCUGAUUUAUCUCCAGUUGUAGGAGAAGUGGGAACGGUUGGAGGUUGGGGGAGGGAUGAAACUGGAAGUCUCUCCGACAAGCUCCGAAUCGCUAGAAUGCCCAUCGUGUCACAAGAGACUUGUUUACGUUCAGAUAACCACUUCUACAUAAAAUACACCUCGGAGAACACAUUUUGUGCUGGUUUUAGAAAUGGUACAACUGUAUGUAAUGGAGACAGUGGUGGGGGAUUAAAUAUUAGAUUGGCUAAUCCUGAACAAGGAAAUCAAAGAACAUGGUAUCUUCGUGGUGUAGUGAGUUUAAGCAUGUUGGAAGUGGGUGAUCAAACUUGUGAUUCCCAUAAUUAUGUUGUGUUCACAGACGUUGCAAAGUACAUGUCUUGGGUGUUUCAACAACUUAAUUAACAUAAUUUGGAAAUAGAAAUAGAAAUGUAAAAAGUUAUUUCCUUCCAACUGGCAUUUCAACAAUUUUCAUACUCUCUUCUCCUUGACUAUGUUACUGUUCAUACAUGGAUGCACUUCAGCAUGUAAUUUGAUAAUAUUCCUAAUUCACAAAAAAUUAAAGAAAUAACAAUUACAUAAUUGAACAUACAAUAGGCAAUAAAUUAACUUAUUAUGUACAUGCCACAUAAUGUGAAAUGCGUAUAAACAUAAAACUUGGUAAAGGUAAGUUCUUGUAAAAGUUCCAUCAAUUUAAUAAAGUGAAAAAUCUAGACUAUUUCUGAUAUGAUAAAUUUCCACCUUUGUUACAUUUACACGUGGACCAGUUCAACAGAUGUUUGAAUCUAGUCACUAUCACAAUUCUGAAUAAAAUUAGGUGUUAACAGGAUGUAGAACAUACUUCCAGUUUGUGUUUUAUCACUUUAAAAUGGUAUGUUUUAUGGUACCUAGUAUUUUAUGGUAUCUUUAAAAAAUCACAGAAGUAUUUAUUUUGUAGGCUACAAAUCAACUUUGUAUGAGAUUAUUUUGAGAAAUUUCUAUUCAUUUCAUUGUUAACUUUGUUAACUUUUGUCCAAAAAAUAAAAAAAAUGGCAAUGCUAGUGUACAUAUGAAAGUAUCCAUUUUAUUACUUCAGCUCAAAAAAUAGAGAAUAUAAAAUAAACGUUUAUAAUUUUUUAAAUAUAUAUUUUUGUUAUUUAGAAUUACUAAACAUUGUUGUUACCCAAAUAAUAAGUUUGGAUGUUUCCUUGAAAAAUACUCACUCUUUGACUGAGUUGAGUGCACUUGAGAUGUGUGACAGUGGGGGAUGGAAGAAGUAGAAUGAAUUAAGAAAAGUUGUGUUUUUGUGGGGUAAAAGGCAGUGUGUGCAUUUAUAAAGCAGAACACCACUCAUUUGGGGCAGAUGAAGAAAAGAACAAGAGAGGCCAGAGACCAAAAAUAAUACCUUUGUUCAUUCAAAUAAUAAAUUUCUUCCAUUAAACACUUCCAUUUGACCCAAUAUUCUUAAUUUGAGUGCUAUGGUGUACUCAUACUAUUUCAUAUCCUUGACAGGUGAGGAUUGAUUGUUAAAAUGAAGACAUUUUUCUAGUCUGCAAUUGCAACAUUCAUUACAUUUGAAAUUCGUAGUCAAUUGUUUAAUUGAAAAUAAAAGCUUUAUUUAUUAUUUAUUUAUUAUCUAAAUUACAAAAGUGGGUCACAUUAUUAAAACUUAACCUUGAAAACAUGUAUCUAGGAUGCAACUAAAAUACACUAAUGGGUAUGAAUGUCUCUAUACUAAAACCAGUGGGGCUACAACAACACAUUCUUUCUCAUAUUAUUUGAAAUUGUAUACAUGAC